ACUUGGGAUGGGUUUAGAGGAGACUGCGGCAGAUAUACUUGGCAAAAAGGACCAUGCUUUCCUAUCAAGCACCUUAUGCAUGCAUGCUUUCUAUGAUUUAACCCAUGUCUCGCCAGUGGUAUUCUUGUUCCUUCUAAAAGAAUGUUAUUUUUAUGGCACAUGUAAAGCAACAGCCAAGUUUCGAGCCCUUCAACAUCAGGUUUAUCUGGUGCUACAUAAUGAUCCUAAACCAGGACCAGCAACUUUUGUUGUUCAAUGCCUGUACAUAUCGCCUUUAUUUGAAGAUCACAGUCGAGGCUUUAGUCACCUGGUUAUAUCUGCUUUUUGCCGCUUCCUAAAAGUAGCAAGAACCUUAGAGGACUCCUCGGAGAUGAAAGACUUAGCAGCCAAUCUAUUCCUUAAUAUUGUUAGGGGGCAGGUUUAUCAUGACGAAAACAUUAUUGUGAAAUACUGGAAGUUUUUGAUGUUAAAUUGACUGACAUUCAGAAAGCCAUGUGCCAACUGAAAGAAAAGAACGAUUCAAGUUUUGGCAGAGCAGAGGAAUUUAUCAAGCAGUAUAUUUUUGGGUUGGUAGAGUCUCAAAUGUACAUCAAAGCUGUCACACUAAUGGAGCACUUCUC